AUGUAUACGGGAUCGCGCAAUCGCAGUCAUUCCGUUGGAUCAUUUAACGAGGAUAACUCCACUGCACUCUUCUUAGCACCGCAUGAUUGUGAAUUCAACGAUGGCGCGGCCUUAUCCAUUCCUCUUCGGUCGGUCACUAGAGUUUCCGCGGAUGCCUCACCUAUUUUCCCAUCUCGGCCACCUGCAUCGACGACAUUCACCGGUACAGCUAAUCAAACGAAAGCAAAUAUCAAUUCUGUCUUUCAAGCUGGACUACCUUCGGCGCCUCCACCUCGGAUAUCGAAACAACUCCUUACCCUGACGACGACCUCUUCUGCCAGUUCAACCACAAAUAUUUCCGAAUCGACUUUGGCUGCUCCUUGCACUUCGAUAGCCUCAAUGAGUAGUGUGGGGACGGAAGAACCCUUAGAUAUUAUACCAGCUCUCAUACAAACGCAAAAUUCUCAAACCACUCCUUUCUGA